AUGGCCACUGCCGCUCCCCGCCUGUUCCCGGAUUACUACCCGCCUCGGCCUAACUCACCGGAUGACGACGCCCUCGCGCGCCGCCUCUCUUCCGCCGUGCUAGCCUCGCUGGACCCUACCGCCGUCCCGUCGCUCCCCUUCCUACCCCUCCUCCGACCCCUCCACCUCCUCCUUGCUCUCCCUCUCUUGGCCUCCCAUCCGCACAUCACCCGCCUCCUCCUCCCGCUCCUCCUCGUCGUCCCCUCCUGGCCCCAGCAACACCCGCACACUCACCUCCUUCGGUGCUUCGCCGUCGCGGCCCACCUCGCAGUCCGCGAUGACGGCGUCGCGGCCCACCUCGCAGUCCGCGAUGACGGCGUCGCGCGCACCAUCCUCGUGCGCGCCGUCCGCUUCCCGUCCCCUCACCGGCAUUUCGUCGAGCACUUCAUCUCCACCUACAAGGCAUUCUCCUCCAAUUCCGCCUCCUUCGACCUCCUCCUCCAGUGCCUCCCCUCGGCGCCCCUCUUCCGCCGCCUACGCCAAUACAGCAUCACCCCCUCCCUGGAGACCUGCAACGCCGUGUUUUCCCGCCUCCCGCUUGAUGAAGCCAUCGAGUUGUUUCAAGAAUUCUCGGACAAGAACGUUUACUCCUACAAUAUACUCCUAAGAGCGUUGUGCAGUGCUGGCCGCAUGAAGGAUGCACGCCAACUAUUUGAUGAAAUGGUGUCGCCCUUUGAUGUUGUCACGUAUGGGAUUCUUGUCCAUGGUGACUGUGCUCUUGGUGAGCUGGAAAAUGCAGUGAAGUUGUUGGAUGAAAUGGUGGCAAGAGGGGUGGAGCCGAAUGCGACAGUGUAUACAAGUGUUGUUGCAUUUUUAUGCAAGAAAGGGCGGGCUUCAGAUGCUUUAAGGGUUGUGGAGGAUAUGGUCCAGCGUAAGGUGAUAUUGGAUGAGGUGGUGUACACGACGGUCUUGAGCGGUUUUUGCAGUAAAGGGGAUUUGGCGGCUGCAAGAAGAUGGUUUGAUGAGAUGCAAAAAAACUCAGGUAUAUGA